AGCAUUUCAGCUGCAGCAGCUCUGGAGGGAUUCCUGACAUCUGCACCGUCUUUACCAAGAACCCAGAAACUCAGAGAAGUCUGCUGCUUAAUGAGAGGGUCAUAAACUGGAGGAACAGACUCAUAUUCAGAGUGGGAUCGAUAUCACAGAAUAUGGAGAUUUUAACACCUUCAUCUAUCCCAGGCCAGAGAAUAUGGACUGGCAAGAGAAGGUGUUUCCACUGCCAAUUUCCAUUCUGGACGAAUCCCACGCGGAGCUCGUCGACACACACUUGCCUUAUGGAGGCAGCUGGAGGCAGCCAGGAGAGCCUCGACCACGUGAGAGUCUGUAUACGCCAUCUGCCAAACCACUGUGUUUCAGAUGAGAAGGGCCGGCCUGUGUCCUGGAUGCUGUCUAAUGAGCUGUGUGAGCUGAGGAUGGCCUACACCCUACCAGAGUACAGACGGGCCAGCCACCUCCUGGCUCUGUCUCUGGCUCUUAUCCGCAGGAUGGGCUCUGUGGGUCUGCCCGUCUACUGCCACGUCAACCAGCAGAACCAGGCCACCAUUAACGCUGUGACCUUACUCGGCUUCUCUGCUUGUCCCAGUACGGAGAAGAUCUCAGUGCUGCUAAUAUGCAAGGACAGAGUCUGAGUGAUGACUAAUGGCAAUAAAGUCUGUUGGAUGAUUGAAACCACA